UUAUUUGAUAAAACAAGAAGAAUAAUUAAUUAAACGUCGAACGAUGUAUUAUUAAAUAGCUAAUUCUUAUUUUAAGUGACAGAAGAUCUUUAUUAUAUUAAUUUUGUUUUGAGUUUUAAUUAAUUAUAAAAUUACAUUAUGAUUUUUAGUAAAUUAAAUAUAUCUACUUGUAAGCUACAAUCAUUAAAUCGAGUAUGCCGUUUUACAACAAGAACAUUUAAACAGCAACCACGUAACCAUUAUGCUAAUACUUCGACCCCCAGACGCACACAUAUUUUACCGAUUGCUUUGGGUACAUCAUUUGCUGGAUUUAUAGCGUAUGAUGGUUUGAUUAAUGAUUUUACCUUCUCCGGGGCAUCCAUACGCUUUUUACGUUCUGUUAGGACAGCUUCCCUUAUAGCUGUAGACUACUUACUAUUGGAUGAAAAUGAUUCCAAUUAUGAUGAGAAUAUUAAGCAAGUUCACCAAAGAAGUGCUAAUCGUUUAUUGGAAACAUGUUUGAAAAAUGGUGGCCUUUAUAUAAAAGUGGGACAAGGAUUUGCUGCCAUAAAUCAUAUUCUGCCUAAAGAAUACACAAGUACUUUGAUAAAAUUACAAGAUAAAUGUUUGCCCACUAGUAAGGAAGAUGUUUUGAAAGUAUUUAAAGACGAUUUUGGUCGAAACCCAGAUUGUUUCUAUUCGGAAUUUGAUUACACGCCUAAGGCAGCUGCAAGUAUUGCCCAAGUUUUCAAAGCCAAACUUCAAAAUGGUCAAGAUGUGGCCGUAAAAGUUCAAUACAGCGACUUACAAAAACGCUUUGUUAGCGAUUUGGGUACAAUCAUCCUAUUGCACGAUGUUAUAGAAUUCUUUUUUAAAAGUUAUAACUUUGGUUGGAUAUUAAAAGAUGUGCGUAAAAAUUUGGUCCAAGAAUUAAAUUUUAUCAACGAAGGAAAAAACUUAGAAAGAUGCGCAAAUGACUUGAAAGCUUUUAAAUUUGUACAUAUACCGAAAGUCUACUGGUCGGCAACAAGGACAAGAGUUUUAACAAUGGAAUGGAUAGACGGGAUAAAAAUUGGCGAUGUAGACAAACUUAAAGACAAUAAUUUAAAUUUAAAGGAUGUGGACAAAAAACUAUUUCAAAUGUUUGCAGAGCAAAUUUUCAGUUCUGGAUUUGUGCAUGCUGAUCCACAUGCCAGUAACAUUUUUGUUCGAAAAAGUCGCAAAACUGGUAAAGCUGAAAUUGUACUCCUAGAUCAUGGUUUGUACGAAGAGUUGCCGGCAAAUGUCAGGGCACCUUUAUGUGAAUUCUGGGAAGCUACCGUCUUAAGGGAUGAAUCUGCCAUGGCAAGGGCUGCACAAAAGUUGGGUAUUAAAGAUCAUAUGAAAUUUGCCGAAGUUUUAUUUCAACAGCCCAUACGUAUACAUGGAGGCACUAUUAAAACCAAACUAAAUGAAGACGACAUUAAAUAUAUGCAAAAGAUUGCCCAACAAAAUUUUGAAUUGAUUAUGUCCACUUUAAAAGAAAUGCCCCGUAAUAUGUUAUUUGUUGUUAGAAACCUGAACACGGUUAGAGCUAUUGGGCGUAUGCAUGGAGAUGUUGUUGAUAGACCACGUGUAAUGGCCCACCAUGCUCAAAAAUGUAUAUAUAAGAAUUACAACUCCUUUAGAGGUUACUUUGUGUGGCUGUUUCGUAGAAUGUAUUUUGAAUAUUCCUUGUGGACAUUUUCAUUUAGACGUUCCUGCUUAAGUUUAUAUUUAAAUAUUUUGUAUAAACUUGGUAGAGCUCCAGCAUCAGCUAGCACUAUAUUAAACAAUCUUGCUCCUCAGCAAGCUCAGUAAUUGUCGUUAUUGUUU